AUGAACGCCCCUAGGAUACUCGGCAGACUUGCCGUGCGCCGGUCGUGCACCGCCAUGCAAUGCGCAUCAUCACCUUCGGUCUCUUUCGCUCGCCGCGCCUACGGCAGCCCGUCCUUCCAGUCUUAUCCUCUCUACCCUAACAACGCGCCCCCGCCUCCGCGUGCUGACGGCGCCGAGGGCUCAAUCGCCCAGCCGGAUCCUCUUCCGAGGGUCAACGAGACGAGACCUCCCAAGAUGUCCCAGCUUUCCUCCCACCAGCCCAGCUCAUCUCCCUCCCCCUCUGCCACUGCGUCAUCGACAACGACGGCGACGACGACGACAACCAAUACCUCCACAACAGCCCCCAAAGCUACUGCCGCCGCCGCGGUGACGUCGCCGUCAACAACCGCUCCGGCUGCUAAGCCGACACGUCCACGCUCUAAGCUCCGCGCACGCAAGGCGGCGAUGAAGCUCACUCCGGCCGCCGUGGAGCAGCUGCGCGCGCUGCUGGACCAGCCCGACCCGAAGCUCAUCAAGGUCGGCGUGCGCAACCGAGGGUGCUCGGGUCUGGCGUAUCACCUCGAGUUCGUCGAGAAGCCCGGCAGCUUCGACGAGGAGGUCGUGCAGGAUGGUGUCAAGGUGUUGAUUGACAGCAAGGCGCUAUUCAGCAUCAUCGGCAGCGAAAUGGACUGGGUCGAGGACAAGCUCAGCCAGAGGUUUGUGUUUAAGAACCCAAACAUCAAGGAGGAGUGUGGUUGCGGAGAAUCUUUCAUGGUCCUCGCAACCCCCGCGAACACAGCCCGUCCCACCGCAGGCGUAAAGCGCAGCUUCGACGAUGGCCCCGGAGCCAUGUCCUCGCCCUUCGGCAACGCCACUGCCACUGCCAACGUCGCCGCGGCCGAAGAGAGGGAGGAGGACGUAACACCCCCCGAGACGGGCCCCGUCACGAAACGCACAAAGACGGCACGCUCCGCGCCGCUGGCAGAACGUAUGCGACCCCGAACACUCGACGAUGUCUGCGGCCAGGAUCUCGUAGGCCCCCACGGCGUCCUACGGUCCCUUAUCGAGUCGGACCGCGUGCCGAGCAUGAUCCUCUGGGGAGGCUCCGGCACAGGCAAGACGACCAUCGCGCGGUGCAUAGCUCAGAGCGUCGGGUCGAGGUUCAUCGAGCUCAACGCCACGAGCUCCGGCGUCGCAGAGUGCAAAAAGCUCUUUGCCGAGGCCGCCAACGAGCUCGCUCUCACGGGCAGGAAGACCAUCAUCUUCUGCGACGAGAUCCACCGCUUCUCCAAGGCCCAGCAGGACGUCUUCCUGAAGCCCGUCGAGGCCGGAACCAUCACCCUCAUCGGCGCCACCACCGAGAACCCCAGCUUCCGCGUCCAGGCCGCCCUGCUCUCCCGCUGCCGCACCUUCACCCUCUCCAAGCUCGCCAACGAGGACGUCGCGCGCAUCCUGCUCCGCGCCAUCGAAGAGGAGAACAGAAAUAGGGGCAAGGUAGGGGGAGACCCGCUGCCCAGCCCGCUCAUCGACGCCGAGCUGGUGACGUACCUCGCCGCAUUCUCCGACGGCGACGCCCGCACGGCGCUGAACCUCCUCGAGCUCGCGCUCUCCCUCUGCACGCGGCCGGGCAUCACAAAGGAGGACAUCAAGGCGUCGCUCACAAAGACCCUCGUGUACGACCGCGCGGGCGACCAGCACUACGACACCAUCUCGGCCUUUCACAAAGCCGUCCGCGGCUCCGACGCCGACGCCGCGCUGUACUACCUCGCGCGCAUGCUCCAGUCGGGCGAGGACCCGCUGUUCGUCGCGCGGCGGAUGGUCGUCAUCGCGUCCGAGGACGUCGGCCUGGCGGAUAAUACGCUCCUCCCGCUUGCGACGGCCGCCUACACGGCGGCGCAGCAGAUCGGCAUGCCGGAGGCGCGAAUCCCGCUCGCGCACUGCGCCGUCGCCCUGUCUCUUGCUCCCAAGAGCACUAGGGCGUACCGCGGGCUGAAUAAUGCGUACGCGGCGCUCAAGGAGCCCGGCGUCGCGGCGUUGCCUGUGCCGCUGCAUCUGCGGAACGCGCCGACGAGGCUCAUGCGCGAGAUGGGGUACGGCGCCGAGUACAAGUAUCCGCCUAAUUAUCGCGACGGCCGGGUCAGGCAGGAGUACCUACCUGACGAGCUUAUCGGGAGGAGGUUUCUUGAAGAGAGGGAUUUGGGGACGGAGGUCGAUCCGGACUUGGAGAUGGAGACGGAGUCUUAA